GCCGGAUCGCCCAGGGCGGGCAGGGUGCCUGGGGCCGAAGGGCAGAGGAUGGGACGGCGGUGAGGGGCCCUCCCCGAGGGUUGGAUGUAGCGUCCGGAGGGGCAGAGCACUCGGAGGAGGAGCGAGAGAGAACGGAGCGGGGAGCCGAACCGCCUCCACGUCUAGGGGUCUGCAGGCAAGGACUUCACCAUUGUUACUGUUUACAAGGAGCUGCGGAGAAGCCCGCGCCUCUUCGGGACCGAAUCUCGGCGCGGCGACGCGGUCCUCCCCGCAAUGGGAAAUCCAAAAAACAUAGAAGAUGCUUAUGUUGCUGUUAUUCGUCCAAAGAAUACUGCCAGUCUCAAUUCUCGGGAAUACAGAGCUAAGUCAUAUGAAAUUUUGCUGCAUGAAGUUCCCAUUGAAGGACAAAAAAAGAAGAGGAAGAAAGUUUUGUUGGAAACUAAGCUUCAGUGCAAUAGUGAAAUAACACAAGGCAUAUUGGAUUAUGUGGUAGAAACGACCAAGCCAAUUUCUCCUGCAAACCAGGGUAUCAGAGGCAAACGAGUUGUGCUGAUGAAGACAUUUCCUCUGGAUGGAGAAAAGCUGGGCAGGGAAGCAGCACUGUUUAUUGUCCCAUCCGUUGUCAAAGAUAAUACUAAAUAUACAUAUACACCAGGAUGCCCAAUUUUUUAUUGCUUGCAAGAUAUUAUGCGAGUCUGCAGUGAAUCCAGUACUCAUUUUGCUACUCUUACAGCAAGAAUGUUAAUAGCUUUGGAUAAGUGGUUGGAUGAGCGGCAUGCACAGUCUCACUUUAUUCCAGCUUUAUUCCGACCCUCCCCUCUUGAACGAAUAAAAACUAACGUUAUAAACCCUGCUUAUGCUACCGAAGCAGGUCAGACAGAAAACUCACUGCAUAUGGGCUACAGUGCACUAGAAAUCAAGAGUAAAAUGUUAGCCCUGGAGAAAGCAGAUACUUGUAUUUACAACCCUUUGUUUGGAUCAGAUCUUCAGUAUACAAACCGGGUAGAUAAAGUGGUAAUAAACCCAUACUUUGGUCUGGGAGCUCCUGAUUACUCAAAAAUCCAGAUCCCCAAGCAGGAGAAAUGGCAGAGAAGCAUGAGCAGUGUCACGGAAGACAAAGAACGCCAGUGGGUCGAUGAUUUCCCUCUCCAUAGAAGUGCCUGUGAAGGAGAUUCAGAAUUACUAAGCCGACUUCUCAAUGAAAGAUUUUCUGUAAACCAAUUAGACAGUGACCACUGGGCUCCCAUUCAUUAUGCAUGCUGGUAUGGAAAAGUUGAGGCCACUCGUAUAUUAUUAGAUAAAGGAAAGUGCAACCCAAACCUGUUAAAUGGCCAGCUCAGUUCUCCUCUUCAUUUUGCUGCUGGAGGAGGACAUGCUGAAAUAGUCCAGAUUCUCCUGAACCACCCAGAAAUUGACAGACACAUAACAGACCAACAGGGAAGAUCUCCAUUAAAUAUUUGUGAAGAAAACAAACAAAAUAAUUGGGAAGAAGCAGCAAAAUUGUUGAAGGAAGCUAUUAACAAACCAUAUGAAAAAGUAAGAAUCUACAGAAUGGAUGGAUCAUACCGUUCUGUUGAACUGAAACAUGGCAAUAACACCACAGUGCAGCAGAUAAUGGAAGGAAUGCGUCUCUCCCAGGAAACCCAGCAGUAUUUCACGAUUUGGAUCUGCUCAGAAAACCUCAGCCUUCAGCUCAAGCCUUAUCAUAAGCCCUUACAACAUGUUCGUGACUGGCCGGAAAUACUCGCUGAGUUGACGAAUCUGGAUCCGCAUCGGGAAACACCCCAGCUUUUCCUAAGAAGAGAUGUGAGGCUUCCUUUGGAAGUUGAAAAAAAGAUUGAAGACCCACUAGCUAUUCUGAUUCUCUUUGAUGAAGCCAGAUAUAAUUUACUGAAGGGCUUUUAUACAGCUCCUGAUGCUAAACUAAUAAUACUGGCAAGUCUGCUGCUGCAGAUAGUUUAUGGAAGUUACGAGAGUAAGAAACAUAAGCAAGGUUUCCUGAAUGAAGAAAAUCUGAAAUCCAUUGUACCUAUUACCAAACUGAAAAGUAAGGCACCUCAUUGGACAAACCGAAUACUUCAUGAAUACAAGAAUCUUAGUACAAGCGAGGGUGUCAGUAAAGAAAUGCAUCACCUGCAGCGCAUGUUUUUACAGAAUUGUUGGGAAAUCCCAAGCUAUGGGGCGGCUUUUUUCACAGGACAGAUCUUUACGAAGGCAAGCCCCAGCAAUCACAAGGUCAUCCCUGUGUACGUAGGAGUGAACAUAAAGGGACUUCAUCUCCUCAACAUGGAGACCAAGGCUUUGCUCAUCAGUCUUAAGUAUGGCUGUUUUAUGUGGCAACUGGGAGAUGCUGACGCUUGUUUCCAAAUCCAUAGUAUGGAGAAUAAAAUGAGCUUUAUAGUGCAUACAAAACAGGCUGGUCUUGUGGUAAAACUGUUAAUGAAGCUCAAUGGGCAGUUAAUACCUACUGAAAGAAACUCAUGACAAGAAAGCAGCUGGUAGCUGAGUCACCACAUUUUGUAAUACAGACUUUUUCCAUGAAAGAUGUCUUCAAAUAUUACUUUUGACAAGGUAUUUAGUUUAUUGUAAUAUAUAUGUGUGUGUAUAUUAUUCUACUACAUUGUACAGAAUCUGUACUUAUGUUUGGUGUGUAAUAUACCAUUUAGUUUUAUAUAAUAGCCUCAUAAGCUGUUCUAAUUUUUGAGAGAAUCAAGUAAAAAUUGUAGAUUGAUAGUCUGUAUAAUAUUAGAUGAAAUAGGAAGGUGUAUAAAAGUUAUUUUUGGUAAAAUGGUAAAGAAUUUGGAGUGGAAUGUAAUGAAAUUAUGAAUUAUUUCAAAAUAUAAUGGAAGUCAACAUGAUUUGAAUAAAGAAAACAUUUUUUACUUGGAUCAUAUAAUACUAUUAUUUAAUUUUCUGAAACCUAGUCAUAUUCCUUAAUGUGUUUUUAUAUGUGUUCCUCAAUGUGUUUUAAAACUCUUAAAAUGUAUAUCUAAUAAGGUAGUGUUUCUCAGAGUAUAAUUCUUAAACUCCUUGAAUCUUACUUUUUCCUGUUAAAACAAUUUUAGACCCAGUAAGGAAUUCAGAUUAUUAAACCUGUGACUUUCACAAAACUGACGAGCAC